AAAAAAGAAUGAUGGCGGAGCAGGACACUAUUCCAAAUGAAGGAUACACUAUAUCAAACAAGCGCAAAAAAGGUAUUUCAAAGGAUCCAAAUCCAGAAUCGUUUUGGGCUGAUAUGCCGUACAUUGUACAGAUUGCAAAGGCCAAAGAAGAACAUCAAAAUUGGGGAGCAAAAAAAAUUGUUGACGAAUUGAGAGUGCCGUUUUCGGACAGAAUGGUAAAAAAGUUUUUAUCGCUUUACUUCUAUGAUCAAGAAUCUAAAUGUAUCUACAAAAAAUCUCAAGACUUAAAUAGCAAUCAUAGAAAAUGUUUAGACAAAGAGCAAUUAAUUCACCUGAUUAACAAAAACCACUCGAAAGACCAUAGAAAAUAUGAGGCAAUUUAUGACUGUUUAAGAAGUACAGUAUUUCCUGUUGUUAGAGAAAGCAUCAAGGUACUAUUUAAAUUAAACGUAAACUGCCAGGGCUGUAACAAUGCAGUAGAAAUUCCCAAAACAACAGUUUUAAGGCGCCCAAUUCCUGCAACUUAUGCUAACAGUCGUUGGCAAAUAGACUUGAAGAAAAUGCCACCAGUCAGAGGUUAAAACUACAUUUGCAACAUAGUAGAUUGCUUUUCUCGCUUGGCAUUUGGUGGUCCAUUAAAAGGAAAAUUUGCAAAAGAUGUAGCGGAACUAACUUUAAAAUAUGUAUAUCUGUAUGGUCCGCCAAGAAUAUUACAAAGUGACAACGGCAAAGAAUUUACAAAUGUAAACUUGGCUGAAGUUGUUUCAAUUUUUAAGACCAGACAGAUACAUGGACGUCCCUAUCAUCCACAAAGCCAAGGACGCGUAGAACGCUUUAAUAGAACACUUACUGAAUAUUUUAGAAAAGAGAUGUCGUUAGAAAAAGACUGGCCUUCAAAAUUGCCAGAAUUUUAUUAUAACUACAACAACAGGGUACACAAAAGUACAAAGCCUUCUACACCAUAUCAACUUUACUUUAAAAGACCUAACUUUGCACCACCUAUUGAUGAACAGCUUCCAUUUGUGCUCCUAACUGAAGAUGAAAGAAAGUUCCUAGCACAGGCACACUUAGAUGUAGAGAAUGAAGAAGAAGAGAUUGGUGAAAUAUUACCUGAAAGUAACAUAAAUGAAGAUGAAAAUGGAAAUUUGGAGAUGUUAAGAAACAUAAAUGACAGAGAUGUAACGUUUGAAGAAGCCAUGGAUAUUGUGUCGGAACCUAAUGAAGAACACCAAGAAGUUCAGGAGACAAACAAAGGGAGGCAGUUGGAAAAUGAUCAUAUAGUUACAGAAACCGGAGAUACAUACUUUACUACGGAAACAAAUGAUAUUGCACCUUUAGAAGUUAUGCAAAAUAAUCUCGAUCCCAUGGAAGGUGCUAGUCCGUAUUACAAGGAACUUUACAAAAGGCGCUUUGUAAAUGAUAGCAACGAUAAAGAAAAUGCUAUUCCCACUGGAGGAAAAUCUGUAAUGAAUAGUGGGUUGAUGGACUAUUUUCAAAAACGUCAACUAGAGAUAAAUCCUCUUGAACUGUUUUCUGACAAUUAUCAGGAUAUCUUCACUCCUACUAUUGGGGAGUAUUUGCAAUUCAAAACAAAUCCAGCUAUGAACAAAGGGACGGCAGUGUUUACAUCCGGUUUCUGGAGAGAAGGAAUAUGCCAAAACAUAAAGAAUGAUCCUUCUCGGGGAAAGAUUUUUGUGAUUAAAGACAUAAUUACAAGUUUCACAUUUGAACUAAAUAGAUAUCAGCUAAGACCAAACAAUUGAUAUAUGCUCUAUUGUGAUUCACAAAUAUUUUAAUUAAAAAUAUAGAGCACGUAACUUUUAUUUUU